AUGCUGGAAGCUGUUUUCGAUCGUACCUUUUCAGCGCUGGCCGUCGACGUUGUCACUGAUGCCUGCGCGUGCGCGUUCCUGCCCAGAGAGUCGGCGCUACGCAGCUUGCCACUCAGCGAGUCCUUGGCCGUGACCAAGGAGCCGUUCCUGGACUUUGGUAGGCUGCUAGAGGAGUCCGCUUGCGCCGGCCCGGUCCUGGAGUGCCGCCACGAUUGGGCAGAGUGGGGCCGGUCGCCGCUGCGGCUGCGCGGACCGGCUGGACUGUGUUUACCUGUCAGCAACAAAGCGCCCUCUAUUUGAGGAGCUGGAAGCAAAUAAAUUACUUGUUUAUUUAUUGGGUCAUUAUAGUUCCAUGAAUGUUUCCGGAACGACUCAUAAAUGAAUAAGUUACCAUCAUAUUCUUAUCAGUGAGUAUUCGGAAUCUUCUGCUUGGAAUUAC